GCAGUGUUGAAAUCUGUCUCUCUCUUCACGGGGCUCUAUUUGCAUCAAGGAGGAGCGAGCGUCCUGCGGGGUUUCUCUUGGAACCUGCUCCUCAAAUAUAAAGCUCCCCCUCACAGAGCAAACACUGAAUCAGAGCAGACGAGCGGCGCUACAUCAGCACAUGCCUGUUUCUAAGUGGGCCACUUGAACACUACAUUCACUGGCCCGGCUUUCCGCGUGGGUUACUUUCACAAAGAGUUAUACCAAGAAUACUUCCACUUAGUGCCGCGCGUAAAGUUUGGGGCAGAGUGCGCGCAGAUGGCUGCUCUCAUCAGCGCGUACUCGUCGUGGCCGGAGUCCUUCGAGUGUCCUUCGGCAGAUGGAGACGGGUCCGAGGGACACGGGCCUCACAGGAGCGCAGUGGACAAGGCUCCGGAGCCACGGAUUCGACGACCCAUGAAUGCGUUCAUGGUCUGGGCCAAAGACGAGCGCAAACGACUGGCCGUACAGAAUCCGGAUUUGCACAACGCCGAACUUAGCAAAAUGCUAGGCAAGUCAUGGAAGGCCCUGACUCCCCCUCAGAAGAGGCCCUAUGUGGAGGAAGCUGAGCGGCUCCGUGUGCAGCACAUGCAGGACUAUCCCAACUACAAGUACCGUCCACGCAGAAAGAAACAGCUCAAGCGCAUCUGCAAGCGAGUUGAGCCCGGAUUCCUGCUGAGUAGCCUGGCUCCAGAGCAGAGCUCUCUGGUGGAGCAGCGAGUGCUGUGCCACCCUCUGGACAAGGAGGACGGGGGCUUCUCUGGACCAAGCUCAGUUCUUCCCGGGGUCCGGACAUUCAGAGAUCCAGCCACUUCUACCAGUACCAGCGGCACCAACAGUGGCUUUGACACUUAUCCCUAUGGCCUGCCCACUCCCCCGGAGAUGUCCCCAUUAGACGCAAUGGACCAUGAGCAUGUACCCUCAGCUUACUACUCUUCAACUAGCUCCUGCUCCUCUUCCUCAGCCUCGUGUCCAGAGGAGCACCAGAAUCACAUGGGCAGCCCACCCCCGUACCACACUGACUACUCUCAGUCUCAGGUACACUGCGGCCACAUUCCUCACAUGUCCCAAACUAACACUGGACUCAUGAGUGCCCCUCCACUUUCCUACUUCAGCGCUUCUUCUUUCCCUCAGGUCCACCACAGUGUCCACCAAGGACACCUGGGCCAGCUGUCCCCCCCACCAGAGACACAGGGACACCUGGAGACUCUGGACCAGUUGAGCCAAGCAGAGCUUCUGAGUGAGGUGGACCGAAAUGAGUUUGACCAGUAUCUGAACUCCACAGGGACAGGCUUCCACCCGGAGCAGGGCAGCACCAUGACAGUGACGGGACAUAUUCAGGUGGCAUCAGCUGCCACCACUGGCCCUAGCAGCUCCUCAGAAACCAGUCUGAUCUCUGUGUUAGCGGACGCCACAGCAGCAUACUACAACAACUAUGGCAUCUCAUAAACUCCACUGGUCUGUCAAAGACACAUGGUUCAAGAAUAAAGAUGCUGGGUUGAUCUUGCAGCAUAAGACAAUGUACUGAGCAUGAAUGAUUGUGUAGAAACACU